UUUCAUUCUAUUCCAUCUCCAUAUCCAGGAUGGAUAUCAAUAGAAUAUUACGUAAAUAAAUUCAAUAAAAUUAUUGACAAUUAAUCUGUAAUUUAGUAUUAAAUUUUACGGUCUUUAUUUGCCUUUGGUUUACAUAAAGUAACAAAAACAUAUCCGCAUAAGCUUAGCAUUCUUAUAUUCUAUGUAAACAAGAUUACUUCGACCUUAUAAUUCAUGGUGUGAGGAUAAUCGGUUCAGUGUAAAACUAGAUGGUGGUAGUGUUGUAAGGAUGGAUACGUGUUUCGCUUUUUUGCUUUUGGCGUCCACGGCUAGUGGAACUUUUCUUAAAGAUGAAUACUAUUCAAUGCCUCCUCUGUUCCAACUUGAUGACUACGAUACGUGUCUCGUUAAAAAUGGAGUUUUCUGUCUCGGCUCCUUUCAACUUACUAUUCCUAAAGACAAUGGAGUGACCUCCAUAGACAGCCCGAAAAACUAUGGCUUCUCACAUAUCUACUACAGGGGCAAGAAACUCUAUGAUAUCCUCCAGGCUAACUCCAAUGAGAAACAUCACUUCAAUCAUACACUAAUCCAUCGCGGGCUAUGCUCAAGCUUGACCUGUUUUGGCAGGGCCGAUGGCCAUCUUUCCAACCGAAAGCAAUUCCAGCAGUGUGUUAACGAUAUUACCAGGUCUCAAUAUGGGUUAGACGCGACCCUGAUCCACCUGGAUUACUGCAAGAGCGCGCAGACACCGCGACGCGUGCCGCCUGAUGUCGCCGACCAAGGAUUUUUCGUACUAUGCGCCGCCCUCCUUGUGGCCAAUCUUCUUGGAACUUUUUAUGACCUCUUCAGGAAUAAAGAUAAAAAAGACAACCAGCUGCUCUUAUCAUGGUCUAUCAUCAACAACUUCAAGAAGCUCAUUCACAUUUACCCCAAUGAUGACACUCUUGUAUCCCGGUUCAACCCCAUACAUGGCAUCAAAUCCGUUAGUCUUAUCAUGGAGAUCUUGGUUCACUCGGUGAUUGUUUCACACAUCAGCUACUUGCACAAUCCGGACUUUUUGGAAACUAGACGGCAGCACCCACUGGCUAUGUUUCUUACGAAUGGCAGCAUCGGUGUGCAAGGCUAUAUAUUGCUAUCCAGCUUUCUCUUCAUCCACAACUUCCAAUUGAUGGAAUCACGUCACAAGAUCUCAAGCAUUCAACUUUUCUUCAUUAUGCUUCUACGAAGAAUAUUCAGAAUAUUCCCUGUAUACAUGUUCAUGGUGUAUUGCACGGCAACGUGGAGCCGAUUUCUGGGUGACGGUCCACUAUGGAUCCCGAUCAUGGAUAAGGAGGCUCAACUCUGCCGGCUCAAGUGGUGGUCUCACGCACUCUUCAUACACAACCUGUAUCGCCCUAACGAUCGUUGUCUACUGCAAACAUGGUUUAUUGCAGUGGAUAUGCAGCUGUAUGCCUUAGCUAUUCUACUGGCAAUAGUGCUAACCCAACGGAGGAGAGCCGCUAUUAAAACGCUUCUGGUUAUGUUCGUUGUCGCCGUUCUGUGUAUUUUCGUUGCUGCUUAUACAUACGACUUAACUGCUAUGGUUUUCAUCACGACCCCUGAAUAUGUGAGGAAAUUGUACCACGGAGAGCCGUCUUUUAACUGGUUGUAUGCCGCCCCUUGGGGCAGUUUGCCCGCCUCAUUGCUAGGCGUGAUGCUCGGAUUCCUAUAUUACAAUCUAAGGGAAGACAAAAUCAAUUUGCAAAACUACCGAUGGUUCCGAGUACUAUACCGUAUCUCCAUAGUCGGCAUUUUUGCAUGGGUGCUAAGCGCGUAUCUGCUGCCGCAAAAGCCGUCUUACCUUCUCUCUACGGUCUAUGCAGCUAUUGACAGACCUGUCUACGCCAUAUUCUUUAGCGUUAUGUUGUUGGGCUCUAUAUAUCGGAUUGAUCAAUUAUGGUGGCGCUUUAUGUCAUGGGGUGGUUGGCAGGUAUUCGGCCGUAUGUCACUUUGUAUCUUGAUGAUUCAUUGGAGUUUUGACUUGCUGCAGAUAGGCUUACAGACCAAUACCAAUAAAAUGUCCAUCUUUGAAAUUGGCGGACACUUGUUUGUUACAAUAUUUAUGACCUGUAUUACUUCAAUCCCGCUACACAUUAUGGUGGAAAAACCGAUUCAAAUGUUUUUGCGAGCAUCUUUAAAUAUUUAAUCAAUUCUUCGGACUGAAUACAAGAAUCAUAUGAAUCUAUAUAUAAGAGAUUCGGAUUGUACAAAGCUUUAGUACAGUAUUUAGUUCUAAAACAUGAAUGCCAGAUACGGAAGCAGAAAAAAGUUCAAUGAGUUUGUGUAGAUUUAACUUCUAUAAUUAUAAGUGUAAUAUAGUAUAUUUUGUAUAUUCGAUAUAAAUGCAAAUGAAUCGCAAAAUAGUUCGCUAAGCGCAGAACUCGGAGGCGGCUGGAUUCGAGUAUUACUUUUUUCUUGAACUCUGAGGAAGCUUUUUAAGGAGCGAAAAAUUGCAUGGAAAAACCUUAAAACCAGUUUUGACGCAUUAGAAUGAAAAUGUCCUUGCACACAAAUUUAAUAAGUGUUUACAGUGUAUGAAAUAAAAGUAAAUUUUCCAAGUA